CUGGACACGGGCCAGGGAGGCGUCGCCCAACCGCGUCGGAGCUGCUUCCUGGGCGCCGUGGGCGCUGACUGCGCGGGCCGCGCUGGUGCCGAGGAGCGCGAAGCGCGGGGACGGCGCACCUGGGGUGGCCCUGGCGUGCGGGCGGCGACAUGGAGGAUGGCGUGCUCAAGGAGGGCUUCCUGGUCAAGAGGGGCCACAUUGUCCACAACUGGAAGGCGCGAUGGUUCAUCCUUCGGCAGAACACGCUGGUGUACUACAAGCUUGAGGGGGGUCGGAGAGUGACCCCUCCCAAGGGCCGGAUCUUCUUGGAUGGCUGCACCAUCACCUGCCCCUGCCUGGAGUAUGAAAACCGACCGCUCCUCAUUAAGCUGAAGACUCAAACAUCCACAGAGUACUUCCUGGAGGCCUGUUCUCGAGAGGAGCGGGAUGCCUGGGCCUUUGAGAUAACCGGGGCUAUUCACGCAGGGCAGCCGGGGAAGGUCCAGCAGCUGCACAGCCUGAGAAACUCCUUCAAGCUGCCCCCGCACAUCAGCCUGCAUCGCAUUGUGGACAAGAUGCAUGAUAGCAGCACCGGAAUCCGUUCAAGCCCCAACAUGGAGCAGGGAAGCACCUACAAAAAGACCUUCCUCGGCUCCUCCCUGGUAGACUGGCUCAUCUCCAACAGCUUUGUGGCCAGCCGUCUGGAGGCAGUGACCCUGGCCUCCAUGCUCAUGGAGGAGAACUUCCUCAGGCCGGUGGGUGUCCGAAGCAUGGGAGCCAUUCGCUCUGGGGAUCUGGCCGAGCAGUUCCUGGAUGACUCCACAGCCCUGUAUACUUUUGCUGAGAGCUACAAAAAGAAGAUAAGCCCCAAGGAAGAAAUUAACCUGAGCACUGUGGAGUUAAGUGGCAUGGUGGUGAAACAAGGCUACCUGGCCAAGCAGGGGCACAAGAGGAAAAACUGGAAGGUGCGCCGCUUUGUUCUGAGGAAGGAUCCAGCUUUCCUGCAUUACUACGACCCUUCCAAAGAAGAGAACAGGCCAGUGGGUGGGUUUUCUCUUCGUGGUUCACUCGUGUCUGCUCUGGAGGAUAAUGGCGUUCCCACUGGCCAGCAGCAAGGCUGAGCGAGCUGAGUGGAUUGAAGCUAUCAAAAAGCUAACAUGACAAGGACCUGAGGGAACCAGGAUUCCUCCCUCCUACCAGAUGACACAGACAGGAAUUCCUGGAGAAUGGGAGUGUGUAAAGACUUUUGACUUCUUUGUAAGUUUUGUACUGCUUUGGAGAGUGAAUGCUGAAGAGUUCCUCAGAUUACAAACAGCAAUGGUGCCAUUUCCUUCCUCAUCUUCAUGUUACAAACCUGGAAAGGCUAGAACAGCCAUUAGGUGUCAGCAUCUUGACUUUUGCCCAGCAUCACAAACAGCCAUUUCCUCGGGCACCAAAGUAGGUUCCCUUUGUUGGAACAAUUACACUGGCCAUGCCAUAAUGUUGAAUAAAACUCUCUUCUUAUGCGGUUCUCUCUUAACUUCUUUGGAAUUAGUAAAAGCUGAUAUCUGUUUCUGGCUAUUAGAAUCCCAUACAAAGUUUUAUAGUUUUCAAGCAACAUUUCAAGUAUCUCUGUCAUUAAGACAUACUUCAUCUUAAAGUGGGGAUGGUGGCCGAACUUUGUACAUUCAGAGAAUAUUGUUUUGCUUUAGAAAACAAGCCUGCAUAAAUAUUAUACAUUACAGAAGUCAUGGACUCUGUCGGAGAACUUAAUCACAUAUAUGAAAAAUACAUACAUAGCUUUUCUAUGAAAAAUAGGCAUUUAGAGAUGCAGAGUAAGAAUGCUCUGAAGGACAGAAAAAGAUGUAAACGGGGAAGGUUUAUAUCAAGACAUUAAAUUUUGGUUUUAAAAUGAACAUAAGCUGAGACAAAUAGGUACCAGGAAACUUCACCAGUUGGGAGGUUAAUCUGUAGUGAAAAGUCUGUAUCAUACAAUACUUUUUAAGAACAUUUUUAUUACUUUCAAGUUUAUACAGUAAUCUGGCACAAGCUAUUGCCAGCAUUCUUGCCAAGUACAAAUGCUUGGACCUCCCCUUAAUCAACAGAUAAAAUACAUAACUUACAUUUAAGGGGAGUGGAUACUUCAAAGUGCUUAAGUAAAAAUUUGUCCUCUUAAAUAGUUCGAACUGUCUCUUGUUAAUCGUGUCUAAAACAUUGACCUGAAUAAUGAGAAAUCCCAAGCUAAUGUUUUACUUAUUCCUUAUAUGGUAAGAGACUACCUUUUAAAGCACCAUUUUCCAUUUGGCAUUUCACCAAGGUCUAAUGCCCCUGGAAUUAGUUUUUUUGUUUUGCCUUUUGAAUAUCGAUAGGUGUUUAUCUGAAUUAAACUACAUUUAGUUUGAUGGCUUCCUGCCUCCAAAUUGGCACAUGUGCCUCACUUUGUAUGGGAGCUAUCAGGAUCUCCAUAGGUUGCAAAGUAGAUGACCAUUACCUUGGGGUUGGGGCAAAUCAGUGAACAAGUCUCGGCAAGGUACUGGCAUUUGUAUUUUUAAAAAAAUCUCCAGCCAUUUUGUUCUUGGUGUAAAAGUAGAAUGGCUGGAGUAUGGCAGCUGAGUAAUAACUGUUCUUACCAUGAUGUAGUGCUUAGCAUGUCUCUAUGGAUCUAUCUUUGAACAUUAUUCACUUAAGAACUGGCUUGUCUUGUUUUGCUAUAACUGAUAUGAAAAAUGGUUUGGGUGGGGCAUGGUGGCUCAUACUCUUAUAGAGGCAGAGGCAGGACAGCUUGAGCCCAGGAUUUCGAGACCUGCCCGGGCAAUAUAACACCAUUUGCCAAAAAAAAAAAAAAAAAAAAGAAAGAAAAAAAACUGGUUUGAAUAUUCGUAUUUCCUCCUGGCUAUUACUCAUUUUCAAUUAAUUUAUGCAUAAAUGAGACCCAAACUAUCACUAAUUUUCAGCUACAUUAAUUGAUAGCCACUUGCCAUCAAUGAAAGGUACAGUGGGGAGUAGAUGAAAUCGUAU